GAUGGUUUAAAACAGAUUUCUAGGUUGAAAACCAUUUGCAAAUGUGUAUUUUCUUACAUUUCUGCCUGCCUCAUAUCCUUCCCAAGCUUGUCUACCUUCCCCUUUUCGCCUUCAAUGCACAUGCCCUGGGAGCUUUAGCAGAGGUUGCUGGACCUGGUCUUGAUGCCCUCCUUGGUACCAUCCUUCCUGCUUUACUCACUGCAAUGGGCUAUACUGAUAUGGAGGUUCAAAGUCUCGCCAAGAAAGCAGCAGAAACUGUUGUCACUGUAAUUGAUGAGGAAGGUAUCGAGUUUUUGCUGUCGGAGGAUCUUAAAGGAGUUGGAGAUAUUCAGAUUGCUUGGGAAGCAUUGUUUAGUGAGAUAAGUUCAGUUCCUAAAGGAGUUCUUCCUUCGUAUAUAAAGUUGAUCUUAGAAGAUGCUACCCCUGUAAUGACAAUUGCUCUAAUACUUGUUAGGCCGGGCAAGGGAACAGAAGGAUUAAAGAAAGGUGGCACUCUCAUUGUUUGUCCUAUGGCAUUACUUGGUCAAUGGAAGGAUGAACUUGAAGCCCAUUCAAAGCCAGAUAGCAUUUCUGUUUUUGUUCAUUAUGGUGGGGAAAGAAGUAAUGACCCUAGAGUGAUAGUAGAAACAGAUGUGGUCUUGACAACCUAUGGUCUUCUAACUGCUGCAUAUAAGGCUGAUGCGGAGAGUUGCAUAUUCCAUGAAGUUGAUUGGCAUCGAAUUGUACUGGAUGAAGCACUCACCAUAAAAUCCUGGAGAACUGUGAGUGCUAGGGCUGCAUUCACAUUGUCUGCACAUUGCAGGUGGUGUCUCACUGGUACUCCACUUCAGAAUAAUUUGCAAGAUCUUUACAGCCUUCUGUGUUUCUUGCAUGUUGAGCCAUGGUGCAAUUGGGCAUGGUGGAAUAAGUUAAUACAGAGACCUUAUGAGAAUGGUGAUCGGAGAGCAUUGGAACUGAUCAAGGCAAUUCUUAGGCCAUUAAUGCUUAGGAGAACAAAGGAAACAGAGGACAAGGAAGGGAGGCCAAUUCUGUGUUUCUUGCAUGUUGAGCCAUGGUGCAAUUGGGCAUGGUGGAAUAAGUUAAUACAGAGACCUUAUGAGAAUGGUGAUCGGAGAGCAUUGGAACUGAUCAAGGCAAUUCUUAGGCCAUUAAUGCUUAGGAGAACAAAGGAAACAAAGGACAAGGAAGGGAGGCCAAUUCUUGUCCUGCCACCAACUGACAUCCAAGUCAUUGAGUGUGAACAGUCGGAAGCAGAGGGUGAUUUCUAUGAUGCCCUCUACAAGAAAUCUAAAGUCCAGUUUAACGAAUUUGUAGCACAAGGCGAAGUUCUUCGCAACUUUGCAAACAUUCUUGAGUUGCUACUCAGACUGAGACAGUGUUGCAACCAUCCUGAUCUCUAAAACAGUUUAUUUCCCCUAAAUCUGCAGCCGGGCCG